UAUUUCACAGGCCCCUUGCAUCAUCCAUCCAUCUUCCUUUCGUUGCGCUCACGACAGGGAAGCAAAUUUAUCGGAGGUUGUACCACGCUCAGCCAUGGUGAAAAGGCAUUACUCGGCUCUAUCACAGCCCACCCUCUCGAUGAGUGAGCUGAUAUGCAAAACACUCGAUCAUGAUGCUACAGACAUGUUAAUUGACAAGUGGCUUGAACACCGCAAUGACGCGUAUUGGGAAUGGUUUCAAGGUGUCAGGGAGCGAAAACAUGCCGCAAAUUCUCUUAGACGCCAAGUCCUCGUCUGGAAUAAAGGAGAUUUCCUUCCAGAAAACAUCUUCUGUCGUACAGUCGACACCGGUCGUCUGAUUCCUUUGGAUCGCACCUGGUCAACACAUGUAUAUCACCAUAGGUCAAUGCAAGACCGAAAAUUGUCCAUGAUGCCUGUUGUAUUUACUAUGCUUCCUGAGCUGAUGAUGCUCAGAGGGAUGCAUGACCUUGGCUGCGAUGAUGUAUACAUUAUUGUCACAGACAUGAAACGCCAAGAAAUGGACGAUGUAACGGAAUACUUCAACCUCGUUUGUCGACAUGCAUUCGGGCGCACGUGUAAACCCAGCAUGGAGAACGAGAUCCAGUACAAUCAUAUGCGUUUGAGCCAUACUCUUCUCAAACAACGGCGCACACCAUGCUUUCCUCAGAUCGACAUCGCUUUCCGAGCCAUUCUCCACGAGAAACGACCGCCCUUCAUCAUCUUGUUCUCCCAUCAGACCACUUCAUAUUCCCAAAUUUUAUUCACGCACCCCCUGUUUGUUCCAUCAGAAGAAAUAUUCUUUGACUUUCCUAGUGGUUGUCCCAACCCGUGCUGUAACGACGACUGCGAGAUGAUACGUUUUCCUCGUCGUGGCGUCGAAGGUGCAGCGGUAUUGUCGAUAAAGCGCGGUCGUCGAAAUGGGAGGAAGGUGAGAUCUCGGGAGAUGUGCAACUGGAUCGACUGCAACAUCUGUUUCAACGAAGACACGUCGCAGUACCCCGAGAGUAGUGAAGGAUCGCAGAGCAGCGCCGACAGUGGGGAUACUCCGACCAAUAAUGGGCUUGUGUGUAGCAAGUGCCGGUUGGUGAAGUAUUGUUCUCCUGAACAUCAGAAAAAGGACUGGGAAGAGCAUCGCCGGGUUUGCGCUAAGUCAGCUUCUAUCUGACUGUACCUCAUGGGCGAGCUGUCGAAUUUUUCUCCAUCCAAAGACAUUAAUAUUCUUGCUAUUGUUGUACUGUGGUCUACUGCAUUUUCACUGUACACCGGUCAUCAUUUUUAUUGUCUCAGCAUCUUGUUAUAACUGUCAUCACUGACACUUUUGAUGUGUUGUUUAUCGAUUAUUCAAUAUUAUAUUUGGAUUUGGACUCUCCA